GAGAGUGAGGUCAGGUUUCAUGGUCAUGCAGUAACACUUGUUACAUUUUCUGAAAUGUUCCUGCAGGUAACAGGCAGAGCUCUUUUGUGGUACGACCCAGUUACCAUAAUUGGGCACCAUGGACCAAGACUCACUGAUGAGAUUCUUAAACUUAAGAUGGAAGCUGGGCGUAGUCUUUGCAAGGAAUGUGGCAUAGACUCCAAGGGCUCUAGGAUGGACCUAGUUAUGAGGUUGAGAAAAGAAAUGCAGGACCGCUCAACAUACGACAAAGUGUUUUCAAAGGUCUGGGGGGCCUCUGGUGGAUGGGCUGUUGUCACAUGCCCCUGCGCUGUUGUAUAUGGUGUGAAGUUUAACCUGAGGGCUGAGAGCCCUCGAGACUUCGCAGAUUUGCUGCUAUCGAUGAAACACUUCCCCAGUGUGACUUUGUCUGACUUUGCAAGGGGCCUGGCAACGCAUACAAACAUUAGGGAACCACAGUCCUUGCCGUUCAGUCCUCACGAGGGUAGACUGAUGGAUGCUACUGAGGAGAAUAUCAGAUUGGCCUCUGCAGGUCAUGCAAAAGUCAGCUUGCCAUGGCUAGCGACAAAGAAGCCAGUGCCAGAUGAAGGUGGCCACCCUCUGACAGGAUCUUCAGAACAUUAUGCUCUUUACGACCGCUUCCAUGAGGCAAACACAAAAGACAAAAAGGAUGUGUUGCGGAAAAUAGAACUUGUUCCUCAGUUAUGUGGUUGGGUCAAUAGUCAGUGUGCUGAGCAGCUCUUCGGUGGCAUGAGGAAGAAUAAUCAUUUUUUAAAUAUGAUGACCCCCUCAUCCCAUAUAUUUCUAAUGAGGAACAUUUUGCACCAUUACAACAAUCGACGCAAUGCAAAAAGGAUUGAUGACAUGAAGAAAACAUUGGGGAGUGGACUGGAAAUACAGUUGAACUCAAAUGGGCAAAUAGUUGCAGCAACAGCAGCCACAACCACAACUUGGACUGCUUCCAUCCCCACACCAUUGGCUGCCUCUGGGAGCACGACCACUUCCAUCCCCACACCAUCAGCUGCCUCUGGGAGCAGGACCACUUCCAUCCCCACACCAUUGGCUGCCCCCAUCCCAACACCAUCAGCUGCCUCUGGGAGCACGACCACUUCCAUCACCAUACUAAGUCGUUAUCAAUUGUGCAAUGAAGAUUGUGGUGGCAUGAAACACAUGCUCCACACAAGUGCUGGAAGCAGUGUGACAGACCUCCAGCUCAACAAUGUGUUGGAUAUCCAAAAACCAAAGGAUGAGGUAAUAGGUGUUGUGGGCACCUCGGUUUUAAAAAGGCUGGACUUCCUGGAACUUGGGUUAAACAGAGAAGUGAAGAUCAUCAACUGCUGUUUGUGGCUGGUGUCACAAAUUGCAGGACACAGGGGAAAGGAUGUUUUUGCUGUGGAUGGCUAUGUCAUUUCCACGUGGAAACAGCCCUUCACUAUGAUACCUAUUCUCUCACUGCCAACACUACAGCAACCCUUCCCACAAGACACUGCCAUCCAACAUGAAGGAGAGGAAGACUUGGCAGUUUCUAUUGAUAUGUUGUUUCAGUUGCCAUCUUGCCUGUUGGAGGAGAUCUUUGCUGAGGAUGUCCUGAGCGAUGGAGAUGUGGCAAUACUGACCCUCUCCUUGGUGUGUCACCACUUCAAAGAAGUGUCAACAGAGCACAGGGAUGGAACAGAGCACUUCAGAAGAAAAGCUCAUUUCAUGUGGCUUAACAGUGUUGCAACUUGGAGCAAGUUCACUGAAAGGUACCGAGCAGAUUUUCGCAACAUGUAUUCCCUGGAAACGUGCAGAGAGUGCAACGAGACCUAUAAAAACUGCAUUCCAGGCUACGCAGGAAAGGGGAAAAGAGGGGAGCUGCGGGGAAUUUACUCAGAUGAUUGUCACCCGGGCUUUUGCUCAAAGUUUUGCCAAAUGUGUGCAGGCAUUCCUGAGUAAAGACUCUUUGAUCGGGAAAUGGCUUGGUCUGCAUGGAGGCUGCACCCAUAUUAUAAUUUUUUGCCCGACCUACUGCUAACUAUUGCUUCCAUAAUUUGUUCAGAGGAGUCUGUUCAUUGUUGCUAAAUAAUAGAACAACUUUUCCUUUGGUAAUGAUUUGCAUUAUUUGCUAUCACUGACACUUGUUCACUCAUUAUGAUAUUCCAUUAAAUGGGUUGCUUUUUUUUUUUUGUUAUCAUUUAUUUCACCUUAUUUAACCAGCCAAAGUCAACUGAGAACCACUGUCCUUGAUUACCUGGACAAGUCCCAAAAUAUACUCCACACAAACACACACAGUACACAUACAGUACUGAAGGCUAGUAUGAUACAUCAAGACAUAGGACAUGACAUAGCACAGUAUAGGUGAGAAAAUAGGUCAGAUAUAAUAAUGAAAAUAAAAUAGUACAAAAGAUGGUGGUGUACUGGAUGUCCUCUAUAGAAAUGUAAUUGUAGAGAGAGGGCUGGUCUGGAGGUAGGCCUACAACAGGCUGGCAAAGCUAAGUUCUGUUAGUAACAAUUUGAGUAAAUAAAAUAGUCAAUAUAAAUACAACUAAUAUAAACAGAGAGGUUAAUAGAUUGAGGUUGGCUAAAUAGUGGUAAAAAGUUUUCAAAGGUCUUUUCUUUCAGUCUGAUAUUAUUAGACUGAUGUAGGUCUACAUCAUUGGAAGAUAAGUAAAUUAUAUAAUGUGAUCUUUUACUGAUUGUUUUACAAUCUGUUGGAUGGUGUAGCCUGUAUGAUUGUGUGUAAUUGAUAAAUAAAAUUACAGUUAGUCACUCACUUCUCCACUCCUUAGCAUUCUGCUAGACCAUUCUUUUUACGGGUUUCCAUUACUAGUGUUAUAAACGGUGACAAACAUACUUUGCAUACUUUUUGAGAGUGAUAUUUUUAUUUGGUUUACACUCUUACUGUUUAAGUAAAGAGCACUGAUGGCAUUGUUUUGGGCACAAUUAGUGAAAUUGGAGCCAUGGAUGGACUAUUGCUUGUUUAAACAGUUGUACAAUAUUGUGUGCCUGUGCCCCAGGCUGGCACUGACACUACAAAAAUAAUUGAAAAGGAAAGGCUGCAUUGUUUGUUAAAUGUCAACAAUGUUUUGUGGUGUUAAUCUAUUUUUUAUUUAUGAGGGGGCCAAAGCACAAGUGUGUGGAGUCUUGCUGCUAUUUUAAUUUCAGUGUUAGACAUUUUAAAGAUUUCUUGUGUUGAUUUAUUUUCUGUUUA